AUGGCCAAUAAGAGACGUCCCAAGAAGGUAAAAGCCCCGUACCGGAAGUAUGUCGCCGGUCAGGGCUUUGUGCAUACCAGGGGAUUCAAUAACAAUGACGAUGCUGUUGGAAUUACUGUUCAGCAGGAUCGGCAUCCAAAUGGCGAGGUCUUCCGUACACCUCAGGGAAGUUACAUAUACGAUGUGCACACCGAGUCGAUUGUACAGGUCGAACCCGCUCCAGAAGUACCAGGGUCUUUGAGAGAUAAAAUGGGCGAUUUUCAAGCUCACAACGCUGUCUUGCCUUGGGAAGUAUUCGAUAUCGUGCUGAGACUGUGUCCCAAAGUAGAGCCCCAAUUCCUACUCGUGUGUCGUCACUGGUACCACAUAUGUGUUCCGCUACUCUACGCAUCCCCCCGACUUCAGAGCAGGAACUUUAGUCAGUUUGUCGAUGCAGUGGUGAACAACCGGAAAAAGAGACUGGGGGAAAACGUUAUGGAUCUGGACCUUUCGAAUAUCAUACAGAGUGGGAAGAAUUCGUACGUUUCUAAACUGCUGCGAAGGUGCAGUCCGAAAUUGCGACGCUUCACUGCACCACAAACGAGUUUUGGAUAUGCGCCUCUAAUAAGCUUAAAAGCGUGCCGACGGCUGCAAUUCUUGGAUUUAGGGUUGGUUUCGGAAACUGUGCAACUGGGAGAGCUCUUUAGUGCAAUCAAAGAAUUUACAAGUCUCACUCACCUGUCUUUCCCGAGAAGCUCUGUUGAUUGCAGCGGAUUUCGCAACUUUGAGUGGCCCCCGAAUCUUCAAUAUCUGAAGCUGAGUGGUGGUAUAACCAAUGAAUUUGUGAGGGAGACCGAGUUUCCACGAACCAUAAGAACAUUGGAGUUCUCGUUUUGCCCCCAGAUCAAUGAGCAUGCCGUAUACACUGUUCUAGCCAAGAUCGGGGAUUCCCUGCGACACCUUUACUUCCACUACCCCAUGCCUACGCUCCAUGGUACCUCUUUGGACUUUGUGUUUCGCUAUUGCACGAAUUUAGUUACACUACAAUUGACUGUAGACUAUUGCUCUAAGUGGGCUUUCUCGGAGCACAUGCUGGUAGCUUUGUCCUCCCCACGCCCGUUGAAAACACUCUUAUUGGAAUGCAGCGGCAACUUAGGCCAAGCUUUCAAAGUGCAUCCUGAUGACAUUACCAUCGCGUUGGCAGAAGAUAGACUGCCGAACCUGGACACAAUACGAGUUUCAUCCAAGGUUGGUUGGGACAUGAGAAGUUCCGAUGUCACCGAUCUGAUUUCAUAUCUGGAGGAUCAAAAUGGUAGCCUGUACAUAAAAUAUUAA